AAAUCCGGCGGUUCGGUGGACCCGGAAAUUCAUCCGGAUUCAGGAAAGCGGUCUGCUGCUGCUGCUGCUGCUGCUGCUGCCACCGAUGCGUGCACGACUGCACCGAACUACUCGCUGCCCUCACGCAUACGCGCGCGCCACAAUUUAAGGCAAACAAACUUGUUCCGACCUCUGACUUGCUCUUGACUGCAGAACUCUUCGGUCGAGUUUGACGUAGGAUGUCUUAGCUCCUCGAAUUUUCGCUCAUAACAACUUCGGUCGACGUUUUCCGUUCGGUGGUCUGAAUCCACCAGCACAUCACAUCGAUCAUCCUGCUUCUCGUUCCCCCUUCUCGAAUCCCACAACUUCCUAUAAAGAGUCAAGCUCGCUCUCCCUCGGUCCCAAGUAAAGGUGAGCAUCGCAAGCCAGACUCCUCAUAGCGUCCAGCGUCUAGCGCAAACGCACGCACCAGUGCCCACGUCCCCGCACAUACUGAUAGCCUGCCUUGUGCCUUUUACCCUGACACCAUGUCUUCAGAGUCACCCCGCUCGCCGACAUCGCGCACCUCCAAUCCUGACAGGUACACACCUGCACUGCCACCCAUCGCAGCGACCAGGC